AUGUCAGUCUCUAGUCUUAAUAAGAUUGCACUAAAAGUGGAGCCAUUUGCUGAAUGGAACUCCGAUCCGACAGGCGAUCAGCGGCAGCCGCAACAGCCACCAGCGGCUGAGAAAAAACUCGAAAAAACGAUAAACAAGCGGCUUCAGCGGACUCAGGCACAGGUCAAUGAGGUCGUAGACAUUAUGCGGGUGAACAUUGAGAAGGUCCUUGAACGCGAUAAAAAUCUGUCACAACUAGAUGAUCGCGCAGAUGCACUCCAGGCUGGGGCGUCUCAAUUCGAGGCGAGUGCUGGGAAGUUGAAAAGGAAGUUUUGGUGGAGAAAUUGCAAGAUUAGCUUAAUAUAUUCCUUUAAUGACCCAUUCAUUUUUACUCUUUCAGUAUCUCUUACUUCAGAAAAGCGGGCUGGUAACAGUGUGAAUGCAAGUAACGCACUAACCGCCAACACAUCAUUCAGUCUUUCGCCGGAUCUGCCACAGUUAGAGGCUCAAGCACACCCACCCCCAGCCUCCAUUGGCUCCCGUUUCAACUGGAUUUUUCCACAUGGUAAGGAGGAGAAUCCCUCGACGCUUCAACAGCCUUCCUCUGCACAGAGCGGCGAUAGCUCCGAGAACAUCGCGUCGUUGUCGAAAGCGCAGCCUGAGGCAGAGGCAGUAGAAGAAGAGAGCGAGUCUGAAAAUGCGGCUCAUUAUGUUCGGUCCUCAUUUCAGUUGAUUCUCGCUGCCAGCAUUACGCAUGCGAUGCCUCGAUUUUCUCAUCUGAAGUGUGGUCUGCCUCUCGCAGCAGCCGUCACAGCACAGUCGGUGCUGCAGAAUAAAUCCACAUACCAGCCGUGCCAGUCAUCAAAUUCCCAUUAA